GGUGGAGGGAGGGGAAGGGCCGCAGAAAUGUCAAACUGCUUCACUUGACGCAAGAUGGAUCCUCGCUGUUUGAUUUAUAGCAAACACAGUUUUGACAAGUCUUUGUAAUUAGUUGUCUACGGCUGUGUUUCACAGCCCUCGUAACAAAACAAUGGACUCUAACAUUAAGGAGAUAAUAGAAGAAUUCAUGGGAAGUCCGCUGGCACAGUGGGUUCAGCUGUUUGAGAAUAUGGUGGAGAGUGAGAAUGGAGUCCAGCUCUACAACCAGUACAUGCAAGUGAACUCAGUCUCCCAGGGUGCCCGGGACCAUUACAUGAGACUGACCAAUGGGAUUUUCCUCAACCAGGUCAUGAGGAUCAUAGAUCCAAACCCCAAGGUGGAACGGCUGUACGACAGUGACAGAGAUGACCACAUGCUGCGAGUCCAGAACUUCUCUAUUUUAAAUCGACACCUCAGAGCCUUCUACCAGGAAGACCUGCAGCAGCUAAUACUGAUGCCGCUCCCAAAUGUUGCCAUACUGGGGCAGGACCCCCUAACAGAGGCAGCUGUGGAAGAGCUUAGGCGACUGCUGCUGCUGUUACUGGGGUGUGCAGUGCAGUGUGAGAAGAAAGAAACGUUCAUUCAGCAGAUUCAGUCUCUGCACAUUGAGACCCAGGCAGCCAUCGCCAGCUGUAUUCAGCAGGUGACUCAGGAUCCUCGCGUGGUGCUGCCGCUUCAGUGGGACGAGCUGAUGGAGGCCGAAGGUGCAGACUUACAGCUUGUCUUUAGCUCCAUGGCCAAACAGAUCCAAAACUUGCUGGCACAGAGAGACUCACACCUGGAGAGGAUAGCUGAGCUGUGUCGGGAGCGGGAAGGCCAGGUUGAUCCAAUGACGGGGCCCCUGGGUGUCCACAAUGAAGAGCUGCCUCAAGGUCUCACGCUCCAGCUGGCAGACAGCAAGGCCAAGGUCCGCCGUCUCAAGCAACAACUGGACGAUAAAGGUGAUCAGAUAUUGGAUUACAUGCAGGAGAUUCAGACAAUGGAGGAUCAACUAAAGAAGCUUCAAAAAGAGAACCGCUCUCUGCAGGGUGAAGUGAGGGGCAUGCGAGCACUGCGGGAUGAACUGGACUGUGCCCGAGAGCGAGCUGCACGGACCGAGCAGCUCCAGACUGAGCUUCAGAGCUGUAAACACAGAUUGCGGAACCUGGAGCUCACACGCACUCAGCUCAAGGAGCAGCAGCAGCUGUGUGCAGCUCUACAGGAGACUAAAACCCUUCUGGAGGAACAGCUUGCAGAUGCACGGGCACGCUGCUCUUCACUACGGGAACUGGAGAGGGACAAUCUUCUAUUACGUCAGAGAAUUAUGGACGUGGAAGCGGAGCGGGACACCGAGAGGCAGCGGGUUGAUGAACUCUUGGAGAUGAACAUGAACCUCGAGGCGGACCUGAGGCACAGCAGCACCAGCAGUGAAGCGGUUGUUCCGAUUCACCAGCGAUUCCUCCAGUCAGAACUGAACUUUGAUGAAGAGCUGAGUGAAGUGAUUGAUCAAAAGCCACUGAGCGUGGAAGUGGAUGAAGCUUCGACGCUGAGGCUGCUGGGAGCCGAGCAAGAGAACGCAGAGCUGAGAAGACGAUUGGAAGAACUGCAGGCCCAACAAGAGGCUGAUUCUCCAGAUGCAAAGGAUGAGGUAAAGGAUGAGCUGGCCUGCCUGGAGACAGAGCAUCAAAACACACUCAGGGAGUUUCAAAACUUGAAGAAUGAAAAUGCCACUCUAAAGCAGCACCUGGAAAGACUGCUGAGUGAACUUCAACAGCUUGAUCCCAAGAGGAAGGAGAAAGAUGUCAAGAAGUCCAGUAGAAAGGAGGUGGAGGAAGAGAAGGUGGUAAGAGGAGUCCAGGGCUCUGAGUCCUGCAGGGGAGAGGGUGAAGGAAGGGUGAGGCUGAUAGAUAAGGGAGAGAAGAGAGAAGAAAUUAUUGGGACACAGCGGGAAGCAGGAGUGGGUGAGGAGGGCUUCCAUGUCCAUGGGGGAAAUAUAGAACCAUGUGAUGAAGAGAUCCAGAUCAAAAGGAGGGGAGAAGCAGAGGGAGGGCAGAGAGAAAGGGAGAAACAGGAGAAAGAAGGUGAACCAAAGAAAGACCAGACUGCAGUGACCACAAGUUCAGAGAUCCCAAAGCAUCCCAUAGAGGAUAAUACCGAAGACACAACUACACACCUGGCUGUGCUUUCCCUGUCUGGCCCUGAUGUGAAGCUCCUGAUAAACCAGCUCCAUGAUGUUCAGGAGGAGGCUGAACGACAGGCGACGCUGGCGCAGGACCUGCGUUCAAAGCUGGGAGAGCAAAGCAGGAAAACAUGGGAGGCUGAGCAGAAGCUGGUGCUUGUGGAGGCUGAGCUGCAGCGCCUGAAGAAAGCAGCAGAGAAUCUGCUGGAGGCUCGAAGGCAGAUAGAGGUUUUUCAGUCUGAGGGCCUGGCCAUGGAGGAGGAGCUAUGUCGCCUGCGGAGCCAAGUUGAGCUUCACAGGAUGCAGACAACGGUCAUCACCACGCUGGAAGGAGAGCGGGCUGCACUAGAGAGAGACAGGGACACACUGCGCAGCACGGUAGACACCCUGCGCGCUGCCCAGCGCAAGAGUGACCAGUUAGAGCUCACCACCCAGACUCUCAGAGCAGAACUGGAACGUCUGGGGCGCAGUUUGGAGACUUCCCGUCAUCGGGAAGAGCAGCUGGAAGCAGAGCUGCGUGAAGCCACCCUGGAGGCUGAAUCGCUGUGCAGGGCACGAGACCAGGCACUGCUGGAGGCUUCACGGCUGGAGCAGGAGAAAGAGGCGUGCCAGUCGGAGCUGGACGGCCAACGAAAGGAGGGGCGGCAGAGAGAGAGGGAGGCAACAAGGCUCAGGCAGCAGCUGGAGAGUACAACCUUGGCCCUGGAGCACAGCAACCAGAGAGCUUGUGCUCUGGAUGCUGAACACAGACGUGUGUGUCAGCAGCUGUCUGAGUCCAAGGAUCUCUGUACUCAGCUGCAGCACCUGGAGAAAAAUCUCAGCACUCGAUUAAGCUUCAUGGAGGAAAGUAAACAGCAGCUGCAGGAUCAGUAUGCAGAGGCUAAGGCCAAGAUUAGCUCACUGUCCCAGGAUCUAUCAAAUGAGCAGGCCUGCUCUCAAAAGCUGGCCACUGAAGUUGAGCAACUGGGCCAGAAGCUUCAAAGAUCUGACGAUGAACUCAAAGCAGCCACAGAUUCUCUUAACCACUCUCAGUCUCAAAUCGAGAAGCUCUCGCAGAGUCUAAAGAAAAGUGAAUCUCUUCUUCAUUUAGAGAAGAGGAGAGGAAGUGAGGAGGUGAAAGCUAAGUCUAAUUCAAAUUCAGAAUUGUCCCAUGCACAGAAGCCAUCACGUCUGGAUCAAAGUCCUGAAACUGGCAAAGACUGUGCCCUUUCCGUGACUUAUCAUCAUACUAUAGGAGAGACAGAGAGGCUGCUGAGUGAGAGGGUGAUCGAGCUGGAGAAAGAGAGAGCAGUGGCUGUUGCAGGACAGGAGGCUUUGAUGAUGCGGUUGUCUCAGUCCCAGGAGGCUUGUGAGCACCUAAAGGAGCAGCUGGAGGCUCUUCGUCGACACUCCCUCAGCCUGCAGGACUCCUGCACCAGUCUGCAAACCCUGAACACCCAGCUUCAGGUGGAGCAAGCAUCACUAACCUCCCAGCAAGCAGCAUUGGUGGCACGCUGCAGCGAAAGUGAGGCCCGGUGUGCUGCCCUGGAGGCUGAAUCCAAGGUGUGGGCACGGGAACGCGAGGAAUCAGUGGCCAGGAUGGAGGCUCUGAGGCGAGACCAUGAGCGGAUGACAGCUUUGCAGCAGCAGCAGGAGGUUGAGCUGGAAGAGCUGCUGGACAAACAUUCUCAACUGAGGAGCAACAACCGCAGCCUGGAGGCUCAGCACAGGGAGCUGGAGGGCAGGUACAAGGAGCUGCUGGAUAGUAAAACCCAGCUGGAAGAGAAAGAGCGAGAGAUUAAAGUGGAGAGAGAGAAGAUGGAGACAGAGGCCCUGAGGAGGUUGGAGAGGGAACAAGAGCUAGAGAGGCUGAAGGAAGACUAUGAGAGGCUGCAGGCCCAGCAGAAGGAGUGGCUGGCGUCCCAGGCGGAGUUGCUGGCUCAGGGCUCAGUGCUUAAGUUGGAACUAAGUGCCUCCCAGUUGGAGAGAACUCGAGUGGAGGGGGAGCUGAGCGCCCUGAGAGAAACCAACCAGAGUCUAGACCUCAGCAACGCUCGGCUCACCAGCCAGUACCAGCUCUUGAGCCAGCUGAAGGGAAAUAUGGAAGAGGAAAAUCGGCACUUAGCAGAGCAGAAUCAGGCUCUUCUGAAGGAGAACCGGGCCUUGCUGGAGCAAAGUUUGGAGCGCCGUGACCAGCACUAUUCACAGCAAAGAGAGUACCAGGAGAAGCUGAGCGAGCUCCGGCGAGAGAAGCAGAAGUUGGUGGAGAAGAUUAUGGAUCAAUACAGAGUCCUCGAGCCCAGCAUGCAGUCUCCAGCCAGCAAGGCCAAAAAAUCUAACUGGAUUGCAGACAGAAUGAAGAAGCUAAUCAAACCCAAAGGAGGAGGAAGAGAGGGGCGCGCCAUCUUCACUGCCGCAGGCAGCGUGGAAAACCUGGCUGACGGCGCUGAAUUUACAUCAGACACGCACACACCUAACCCUGACCCCCGCAGUGCUCCAGUCUCUCCUUCUCCCCUGAGAAAAGCUCCAUCUCACACUGAGCAGGACAUUUCCAUUCCCGGGACUCCCGCCAUGCGCUCUGGCUCCGGGGGCCGUCGCAAGCUAGGCUCCCGACAUGGAUGGGGGCUUGGUUUGGCCAGAGGAGGGUCUGGAGUGUCCCAAUCUUUUAGUCCCGGCGACCAGAAGACACAUCCCCGCCAGCGUCUCCGCUCCAGCCAAAACACCACAGCUGUCGUCUGGGAAGGUGCAGAAAGUAAGACGAAUGCGCCUCAGGAUGCUGAUGCAUCGCUGGCCAGUCAGGAGAGUGUUGAGGAGGAUGAAAAGAGAGACAAUCAACACUCCAGUGAUGACAGCACGACAAUCCAAAGCACAACCAUCGACUCGCCUCAGCCGCACUGAAAAUAAGCCCCACUGAACUGGUUUGAGGCAUAUGUGCUUUUCUGAAAAUUUUAAAUAUAACAUCCUUGUAGCAUUUUUUUUAAAUAUUUUAAAUAAAUAAAUUCUUAAAUAAGAUGAAAUUGUGAAGGAAUUAAUCAUUUCCAUAACUGAUAAUUAGCACACUUUACUAACAUCCUCUAUCAGUCAACAUGAGCUUGAAAACGGUCUUUUGACAGAGCUAAUGUACUGUCAGAAAGUCAUCUGUUCCCCAUUAACAUUCAACAGGUUUCUCCUUUGUGCAUGCUUCGUGUCUCAAAAAGAUUCUUAAAAUUUGUCCUGGUAGUGAAAACGGCAUGUAAAAGAGAAAACAUGAGAUGAGAUUUGAAGGUUAAGAUAAGACUUUAUGUUAUAGCUCGAAACAAGAACAAGAUCAUUUAAUUAAAAAAUUAUUUAAAAAAUACAAAUCUAGUAAUAAAUAUGACAAAAUAUAUUUAAAAUAAACUCAAGACAAUUAAAAGCAUUUAGAAUUCAUCUUGCAUCCUGUCUCUUCUCUGAACUAUCUCCAGUCAGUAAAAGUUAGUCUGAUGUUGACUCUUGUCUUGUCUCUUUCUUUUCCUCGCUUCCUCUGUUAACGCCCUCUUGUUUUUCUUUGCUGAAUCAGCUGUGGUGCGUGUCCUAAACAGCCAGUGUUGAUAUCCAGUUGGCAUGUGACAUGAUAUCAUGAAGCAAAACGCAGCUGCCACGUGAUGGCUCAGGCCAAAAAAAAAAAAAGAAAAAGAAAAAAAAGUGCAGCUUUUCAGCCUAAGGACGUUGUAGGG